GCCUGGUAGCCCGUAGUAACCCGGAGUCCGCGGAAGUGGAGACCUGUGGGCAGUCCGCUAAGACAGGUGACUGAAAAUUGUGAAACACAACUUGUGACAUCAGUUUUUUUUUUUUCUUGUUAGUAGCCACUUAUGAUUGUGGAAGAUUAAGGCAGAGACAAAGCCACAUCUGAGAUUUUAGCAAAGCUUUUCAAAAGCAAACUACACCAUGGAGAUAAAGCUGGACCCUUCCCGAGAUGAUCUGCCUCUCAUGGCCAACACCAGCCACAUACUUGUGAAGCAUUAUGUACUGGAUUUAGAUGUGGAUUUUGAAAGUCACGUCUUUGAGGGCACCAUAGUGCUUUUUUGUGAGGAUGGAAACAGAUUCAAGAAACAGACCAGCUCUACGAAGGAAACCUACCAGUUGGCAUCGAACAAAGCCUGCAAAUUUGGGACACCUGAAUUCUGCCAUCUUCCUAUGACAAAUGCAAGUACCACAUUUAAUGUGGAAUAUAAUGAUUUUAUAAUCUAUGAUAAAGGUGAAGAAGAUGCUUCUGAUAAAGAGGGUAACCAUGACAACCAGGAACAGGCAUCUGGGAUCUCUAGCUCAAAGUACUGCUGUGACACACAGAAUCAUGGGAGAGAGGAUUUUUUGCUAGUGUUGGACUGCUGUGAUUUAUCUGUGUUAAAGGUUGAGGAGGUGGAUGUUGCUGCUGUGCCAGGUAUUGAAAAAUUUACAAGGCCUUCCAAGCCGACAAUUGUUUCUGAAGAGCUCAGGAAUGAGAUUGUUCAUGAACUUGUGACUCUGCCUGCAGAUCAUUGGAGGGAGCAGUUAGACUAUUUUGCUCGCUGCAGCCAGGCUCCUAGCUGCGGGGAACUCUUCUUUGACACUGACACUUGGAGCUUACAGAUCAGGAAGACAGGGGCUCAAACAGCUACUGACUUCCCUCAUGCCAUCAGGAUAUGUUACAAAACCAAACCCGAGGGGCAGUCCGUUACCUGGACCUCAGACCAGAGUGGCAGGCCAUGUGUUUAUACGAUGGGAUCUCCCAUAAACAACAGGGCCCUUUUUCCAUGCCAGGAGCCACCCGUUGCCAUGUCAACAUGGCAGGCUACAGUUCGAGCAGCUGCAUCUUUUGUUGUUUUAAUGAGUGGAGAAAAUUCUGCCAAGCCAACACAGCUUCAUGAAGGGUGCUCAAGCUGGCAUUAUUAUGUGACCAUGCCGAUGCCAGCCUCCACCUUCGCCAUUGCGGUGGGAUGCUGGACAGAAGUAAAGCUGGAGACAUGCUCGUCAAAUGAGCCAGUGAUAGAGAGACCCUUCCCACUCUCCGAGACGGACUGCAGGUAUGUCGGUGUUUGCGGUCACAUGGAGUACCCCUGCCGCUUCCAGAAUGCUGCGGCCACCACCCAGAAGAUCAUUCCUCAUCGAGUCUUUGCCCCGGGCUGCCUCAAGGAAGUCUGCCAAGAGACCCUUCUGCGGCUGCUUGCUCCUUGCCUCUCUGCCGCACAUUCUGUCUUAGGGACACACCCAUUCUCCCGCCUGGAUGUACUCAUCGUCCCUGCCAACUUUUCAAGUCUGGGAAUGGCAAGCCCACACAUCAUCUUCCUCUCCCAGAGCACCUUGACAGGCAGGAGCCAUCUCUGUGGGACCCGGCUCUGCCACGAAAUCGCUCACGCCUGGUUUGGCCUGGCCAUCGGUGCCCGUGACUGGACGGAGGAGUGGCUCAGUGAAGGGUUCGCCACUCACCUGGAAGAUGUGUUCUGGGCUGAAGCACAGCAGCUGUCCCCCUACGAGGCCCAGGAGCAGCAAGAGCUGAGGGCUUGCCUACGCUGGCACCGCCUCCAGGAUGAGAUGCGGAACUCCCCUGAGGAGAUGCAGGUGUUAAGACCCAGUAAAGAGAAAACUGGCCACAUGAGUGACUCAGGAGCAUCUGUCAUCAAACAUGGACUCAGUUCCGAAAAGCCCUUCAUGCAGGUUCAUUAUUUAAAGGGCUACUUCCUCCUUCGGUUCCUCACCAAAAGACUUGGGCAUGAAACCUAUUUUUCAUUUUUAAGAAAAUUCGUGCACAAGUUUCAUGGACAGUUGAUUCUUUCCCAGGAUUUUCUUCAAAUGCUGUUGGAGAAUAUCCCAGAAGAAAAAAGGCUCGGAUUGUCUGUUGAAAACAUCUUGCAAGACUGGCUUGAGAGCUCCGGAAUACCAAAGACCUUUGUAGACUUUUACCGUUUAGUUUAUCCCAAAUAUAUGUUGGCAGUAGAGCCUUUUGGAAGCCAAGCGAAGCUCCUGGAACCCUCUAACUUGUUUGUUCUACCCUGUGGCUCUGGAGGCCGGCGACAGUGGAGGCCCCCGUGUCUGCGCCGUCUUUUGCUGCACAGCAGCCCUUCUCGCGGAGAUCCUGUUUCUGUCCCCUACGCUGUUCCUGGGGGCAGCCCCAGGAGGAACGCUCUUUUCCUCGGGGCCUGUGAGGACCGCGGAGCCCGGGCCGGGAGCGCGCACCCGGGAGGCUCUGCGUGGGCGCCAGCGCUGGGACAGGUCACGAAAUGGAUGCGACUGAACCGGAGACCCCGCAAACGGAGGCGCAGGGAGGAGGAAGAGGUGUUUGAAAAGCUUCUUCCAGACCAGCUGGUCUUGCUUCUGGAGCGUCUGUUGGAGGAGAAGACCCUGACCCUCCCAACCCUGCAGACCCUCCAGAGGACGUACCAUCUCCACGAGCAGGACGCAGAGGUUCGCCAUCGGUGGUGUGAGCUCAUUGUCAAGCACAAGUACACGAGUGCGUACGAACAGGUGGAGCGAUUCCUUCAGGAGGACCAGGCGAUGGGCGUGUACCUCUAUGGGGAGCUGAUGGUGGGUGAGGAUGCCAGGCAGCAGCAGCUCGCCCGCAGGUGCUUCGAGCUGGCCAAGGGCCAGAUGGACAGGUCCUCGGCAGAGGUGGUGGCUGAGAUGCUGUUUUAAAGAGGAAAGAUCACAGUGAGAGUCUCUUUCAUACAUCUCCUCCUAGCCCUGGUGGGCCCAGGAUCACAUUGACCCUGGACAUCAAAGGAAGGAUUAUGUGGCUGCUAAAGCCAUCAGCAACACCAGUGUUCACUUUUCGGGCUCCUCUUCCCAGAGGCUGGGCUCGGCUGGGCUUGUAUAAAAGACCAAGCCUCGUAAACUGUCUUCCCACACAGCCGCUGUCUCUGUCCCGCCCUCGGGGUGCAGAGUCUGCAUUGAGUUCUGUGAGGUGUAAGGCCGCUUUCCAUGCAGACGAUGGACGCUACCUGAGAUGCGCUGGCGGUGCGCCCAGCACUUGCACUGGCCCCUCUGCAUAUGGCCGCGCACGUGGGGAGCCCUGUGAUUCCGGAAAACCGUGCAGCUUCUAGCGCUGGCCUUGAACACUUACCUGAUGUGCUCCUCCGGAUGAGUUCUGAAACUUCUACAGAAAUAUUUUGAUUAAUAUGUCCAGUAUAUGAAUUUUUCCAAAAUUUCUAUGCCUUUUUAUAAAAGUGCAGGAUAAGAAUCUAAAAUGUAUUAAUAAAGUGUAAUGAAUUUUGUCUUCUGUGUCCCUGUUUGUUUCUGAAUUUGAUACUAUUUAAAAAUAAAGAAUAUGGAUGAGAGAAAGUAUUCUCUA